GCACUUUUUCAAAAUAAGGACUUAGUUUUCGAUUGAUGGCUUAUUGUCCAAACAACACUUUUUCAGUAUUAAGGAAAACAGUUGAUGAUGCACUUUAUGGCGUCCAGAGUUCGAAGAAUGCUUUUUUUGUAUAAAAACAAUAAAAACAACCAAAAUAAUGUAGAUUCCAAUACAAAUCAGGAUGUUAAAAGUAUUCCUUUUGAUAAAAAAAAGUUCGACUUGAGAAAAGUUGAAUUACUACGCACCGUCGGCACAGGAACCUUUGGUCGUGUAAUUGUGGUUCAUGAUAAAUGUUCACAACAAUACUAUGCAUUGAAAGUGUUGAUAAUCGAGGAAUUGGUACGACUGAAACAGGUAGAACAUGUCAAGAACGAAAAGUCAAUACUAAUGCAAUUAAAUCAUCCUUUUAUUGUAAAACUGUAUUGGACUGGACAUGAUGCGAAAUUUUUAUACAUGUUAUUCGAAUAUGUAUGCGGUGGUGAAUUGUUUAAAUAUCUUCGAGAAGUGGGCCAUUUCUCAUCUGAAACUACACGAUUUUAUACAAGUGAAAUUAUUUUAGCACUGAAAUAUUUACAUAGUUUGAAUAUCGUGUAUAGAGAUUUAAAACCGGAAAAUUUGCUUUUGGAUUAUUCAGGUCAUUUGAAGAUGACUGAUUUUGGAUUCGCAAAGCAUGUUAAAGACCGAACUUAUUCACUUUGUGGUACACCAGAAUACUUGGCACCUGAAAUUCUCCAGGGUAAAGGUCACAAUCAUGCAGCUGAUUGGUGGACUACAGGAAUUAUUAUUUAUGAAAUGUUGGUUGGUCGUCCACCAUUUUAUGAUGAAAACGAUAAUCGAUUGUAUAUAUAUCAGAAAAUUGUAUCAGGAGAUUUUGACUUCCCAGACGAAAUCGUAGAUGAAAAUGCUAAAUCAAUCGUCAGGAAAUUUUUACGUGUGAAUCUCAAUGAACGACUUGGCAGUUCUAAAGAUAGUAUGUAUGAAAUAUUAGAACAUCCGUGGUUCAGUGAUAUUUGUUGGAGUGAUGUUUUCCAGAGAAAGUUAAAGCCCCCAAUCAUUCCCAAUGUACAGAGUGAUGGUGAUACCUGCUGUUAUGAACAGUAUUUUGAACAAGAUUGGUCCGAAAUUCCCUUAUCCAGUAUUAGUUCUCGUAAUUUAUUCAAAGAAUUUUAAUGGAAAAUAUAUACAUUACAAUUCAAUUCAUUUGUCUACUAAUAAUGAUGAACUUUACACUCAACAAACCAUCAGUUUAUUUAUUGAUCUGAGUUACAAAUAAAUGUUCAAUUAUGAAAUACUUUCAAAUCUGAGCCAAAUAAUAAAAUGAAAUUCAUGGUUAACUAACAAUAAAAAUAGAUAUAUGAUUAUUCCUGUGAAAAGGUAUUUAUCAUUCAUACAAUAUGCCAUCACAUUUCCAAUUCAUGUAUUGAUAUUUAUAUUAUAUUUACAUCAGUAACAUUACCAUUGAGAAACUAAUUUGCCUCCGUUUAUUACCUCUUUAAUGCUUGUAAUGGUUAUCAAAAAAAAAGAAGAAAUAUAUGAGUUUUCAUUUUUCUUGUGUGUGUGUGUGUAUGUGUGUCUAUUUUAAAUCUGUCAACUAAACUAAAUUGUUCUGUACAAUAUUAUCAUUAUUAAAUCUUCUUAUCAUGGAAACAAAAUCAGCUAUAUCAACCAUUAUAAUAUUAAUCUUAUUGUCUAAUUGUAUUUCACUUGAUCUAAUUCUAAAGAUCUUUAUGUAUAAAAAGAAAAACUUUUUAUUCUAAUUCACAAUUCAAAAUGUUAUCUAUAUCUGAAGUAUAAAUCUUGUACUUCAUUUGAAGUCCCUUUUUUUCUCCUUUAUUGAUUAGUUUGUUUUUCUAGAUUGUUUGUAUCGUAAAUUAGUUUUUUUUCUUCAUUCUACAUGAUGAAUUCAGAAAUAUCUAACUAUUUGAUCAUCUUUUCUUUUUUCUUUAAAUUAAUGGAUAAACUUAGUUUUUUCUCUCUUUUUCUUAAUUUGUAUAAGUAAAAUAAAUUGGGUUUUUUUUUCUAUGGUAAUAUUAGUAUAGUAAAAUGAGAUAAUGAAUAGAUUUUCUUUUUCUAAUGAUUAUGUCUUAUGAUAAUUAUUUAAUGUUGCCCUACAUCUUCCGGUGUUUUUGUUUGUCAAUGUUCAAUAUUCAAUUGAAUGUAUUAUAUUUUCUUAUAUUUCAUUUUGUUAUAAUUUAUCUGUCAUAAAAAUGAAUUUAGUGGUUAAUUAUUUUUAUGGCAUUUGAUUUUCAUAAUUCUUUAUCUUUAUUUAAAUGAUUGUACUAUGAAAUGACAUGAG